AUGUUCAAAACCCAGGCGCACCUUCACAUCUUCUCUACCUCCAUCAGCGGCUUUCAACGACAUUAUUCCUCUCCUCUCGAUCCUUUCUCAUUGCCAUUGCGACCACCGCCCGGUAGUCUCUCCUCCACCAUUUACCCAAGAUGGUCACAAUGGACAUCACCGCCGCCCUACGCAUCGUCUACCUCCUGCAAACGUGCGCAAAAUAAACCAAAGUACCACCACAUUAUCUACCUCCUGCAAAGGUUCGUAGUACCGGAUUCGCUAGAGCCAUAUGCCAACAUCGACAAAGGAAGACCACAACUUGCAACAAGUUGGGAGAAUAUGCUGAAUCUGAAGGCAAUGGAUGCAGAGCAACUAAGACAACAUGGGCACAAGAUGAUUGCUUUCAUUGUCGAUUACUACAAAACUAUAGAGAGUUUUCCCGUUCUCAGCCAUGUUGAGCCAGGAUAUCUGCGGAAGACUCUUCCCGAUUCUGCACCAACUAGAGGUAAACAACUCAUGUUUAUUGCUGGUUGGAGUUCGCAUACGGGAAUGAAGUCAAAAGAUGAAGAGGUGGAUUUUCACCAACAAGAUAUUCAAGUUAAAGUUAUUCCAUAAUUCGUCGACACAUUCUUCAACGUUGUGCAACACAUUCACGAUAAAGAAAGUUCGAAUGCAGCUCGUACAAGGGCGGUCGUCAAUCGUGAUCGCCAAGCCGCACACGACUUAUUGGUACGUGAUUACUUUGCCGAUAAUUGUCUUUAUAAUGAUGACUCCUUCGAACGUCGUUUUCGUUUGAAUAAGGCUAUAUUUUUACAUAUUAGUAUUGUUUUAGAAUCUCGUUAUGAUUUUUUCAAACAAAAACCCGACGCUAGAGGAAGAAUGGGUUUUAGUAGUAUACAAAAAUGUGCGGUUGCUCUUAGGUAUUUGGGAUACGGUAUAACAUUCGAUGCAUCUGACGAAUACUUGAAAGUAUCCGAGAGGACCGCCGUUGAAUGUGUAGAUUGGUUUUUUGCAUGUGUUUAUGAGGUUUUUUACGAAGAAUAUUUGCGCAAACCUACUCAACGUGAUAUUGAGAGAUUAUAUUCAGCUCAUGAAGAGAGGCAUAGAUUUUCGGGUAUGCUUGAUUGUCUAGAUUGUACACAUGUGGCUUGGGAAAAAUGUCCAACUGCAUGGCGUGGUCAGUUCACUCGAGGAGAUAUAGGUGAACCAACUAUCAUCCUAGAAGGUGUUGCAUCUCAAGAUUUGUGGAUAUGGCAUGCCUUUUUUGGAGUAGUGGGGUCUAACAAGGAUCUUAAUGUUCUUGGCCAGUCUCCACUUUUCAACGAUAUUUGGACUAGCAAAACACCUGAUAUGAUGUUCACGGUGAACGGGCAUGCGUACAAAUACGGUUACUACCUUGGUGAUGGGAUAUACCCGGAUUAUUCUACAUUGAUGAAGGCAUACUCGGUUCCUCGAAGUGAAAAGGCAAAGUUUGUUACAAAAAAAAAAAAAAUAGGAAUCGGCGAGAAAGGAUAUCGAGAGGGCAUUUAG